GUGAACUCUUGAGUCUUGCAUAACUUGUAUCGUCUGUCGCGCCACUGUAUUCAUUGAAUGUUGCAGCACCCUCCGGCUCUCUUGCACGUUGUAGAAAGCAGGCACUUUGCAUACAACGGCUCUCGCAUUCUCACGUCCCAACCGUCAUGCAAGUCGAACGUUCCCUGGGGACUUUCGACUGCACGCAUGUUCAAAGGGGCAGACGGAAAAGGAAAGCAUGCAGAACGCCGUCUAUCUCUAGUUUCAAGUUCAACCUACUAGACCACCAGCUGUGUGCAAAAGCGUAGCCUCGGUUGCACUCCAGUUUAGAUUCUUUUUUAGUCUCAUUUCUCUCAGUUAUUCGCGUAUGUACACGUGUUAAAUCUUGAGACUCUUCUUGCCAGAAAGCAGCUUGCGGUGACUAAUGGUCCAACAGCAUGGCCAGCCUUUAAGGCCCCAUCCUGUCACUUCUCCCGUUUCUCCCGAUGUUUCUGUAUUUUCAUACACUCGUCCUCUUACGAGCUCAUCUUCCGGGGGCUACAUUCCGGCUUCAGUGAACCCUGCUCCCCAAUUUCGACAAAACAGUUACGCACCUAAUUACCCUCAAGCACACGUUAUUCAGCCAAACGCUACACAACAACGUGACACUGCGUUUCAAAAGUCUCAAUAUCCUCCAGCUGUGAACAAUCAUCUAAACUCACAGUAUCCAACUGGACGCACUCAGCCCCAGGACGAACGUUCGCAUGGUGGUAGCCCUUUCUCAAGAGCAAGCGGGUCCAAUUCUUCCCAAUGUUCUCCCAUCGCAGGUACAUUCGAGACCCAACAGUCACCCCUACCAACGCAGCCGUCUUUGCAAAACCUGGGUUAUUACAUUGAAACAAGUUCUCAACGUCGGCAAUCUACGCAGUUCUCAACUGCUUCUUUUCCACCUGCUGCCUCAAGCGACAAUUUACCCGCAAACCCUUCAAAGCCUGACGUGACGGCGCAGUCGAGGCAGCAUGCCGCCAACAUACUCCUGAAGACUCGCGUGAGCCUUGAGCAGGCCUACACUGAAGCACACGAAGAGCUCAGCCGAGAACUCGUUAAAGCUUACAAUGAGAUUAACUUUUGGAGAGGAGGUUCAUAUAAACUACAAUCACGACUCCAGGCGGCUGAAACAGAGCUCCACGUUGCACGCUCUGCUCUUCAGUCUAUUGAACAUCAACGGGAUACAUUGUACGAAGACCUCAAUCGGCGGAAGACCGAUGCCGACAACCGCUUAGCGAAAUUUACGUGCAAAUUCAUGGAAUUCCGUGCAAAAUGUGACCAAGAAAUUACCUCUCUGCGGGCUGGACUUGCCAAAAGCAAUGUUACAAAUGAAGCACUUGUCGCAGCCCUUGAGAAAGUGCAGAAUGGGGAGACUAGUGCCCAGCUCAAAAUUAGUGGCCACUCGAGCUCCGAUACAGAUAUGACACAUCCAGUUGAAGUGGAUACUGCGCAGAACAAGGUGAGACAGGCGAUGAACGCAGAAUUUGAGGCGAAAUUCACUCGGGUGCUCGCUCAACAACAAAGAGAAAGGCAGAAGCUGGAAAGAGAAAUUGCAGCUUUGAAGGCAGGAAAGCAAUCGGCAGUCAUGAACCCAGACGCGGGAUCUUCAAAUUUGGAUGCAACCAACGAAGACUCGUCUUUGUCAUCGGAUACUACGUCUGUGGCACGAGCGGCUUCUGAACAAGAUGUGGCGCCAUCCGAUGUGUCGAUUAAAGAAGAGGCCUCAUCUGCUGCCCUGUCCGGGCUUGAGCAAGAGUUGAUUGAUCUUACCGAAGUUCUUGACUCCCCAGUAUUGGCGACACACACCCUUCCCGAGUCUUCACUUGAUACCGAGGAACCUCAAUCGGAUGCCUGCGCAACUGACGUGUCUGGCCUUCUACAAAAACGCACCUAUGAAUCGAACACAGAUAAAGAGCAACCUCCCAUUAAACGCCGAAAGACACUUGACGUCAUCCCACCUCCAGAAAAUACAUACCCAUUGUCCACUCCUACUUCAGUACCGCUCAAUCUAGCUACAAAAGAGUCAACUGAUGACUCACACAGAGAGAAUCCUGAUGACACGUUGGUCUUGUCUCCUGCCCGCCAAGAGGAACCGCCCGUUAUCCCACCAGCAGCUUCAUUGGCUUCGCAUCAUCCUAUACCCAAUGGCGCAGUGGACGAGAAGGUGAGGGUGAAGGAAGAGCAGGAACUGGAAGAAUUCUAUUCCAAUGCACCCCACACGCCUGACCCGGCUGUAAAUACGGAUGGGCAAUCACCCGCGCCUGCUAAUACCCCUUUCAACCCACCAUUCUCACUUCAACAUAUUGGGCUGGCUUACAGAACGAUCGAUGAUAAAUACGAGUGUCGCAUGUGUCUGUCUCGGAGGGUGAGGGAACCGACGGUCCCAGUCGUCUCUUUCCCAUGCAAGGAGGCAUCCAGGGAUGUACUGUCGGCACAUUGUGUCGAGGUUCAUCCCGUAGGUUACGAGGGGCUGAUCACAAUGAGCCGAGAAGAGAUGGUGGAACUUGCACAGCGGCUGGUAAUAGAAGACUUAGCACCUCAUGGAGUUCAUUCCAAGGCAAGCAAGACUAAAUAGAGUUGGUUCCGUUCACUUCUUUUGCCUUUAUUCUCCUCGUAAGCAGGAAAGUUGUACCUGAUCUAUUUCCGAGUAGUGUACUGUCACACAUAUCCCUUUCUACGAUAUAUCAGCAGUGUAAUUCUAGGUGUUUGCAAUUGGAUCAUUGAUACAAGGUCAGUGAGCUCUGUAGCCCUAUAGCUAUUCUGAGCUGAAUGCCUCCGCGUUCAUCGUGUCACGGGAGGCAACUCGUUGAGUCUCCAUGUCAUUCCACUUUCAGCUCGGUCGGCUACGUCCUUUAUCGAGCACAUUUUUGUCCCAUCCGACUUUGUUGGGAAGACCAAGGAGGCAGUGCCGUCGUAGAAAACAUCAUCCUGGUUCGGGAUAAAUGGAACUACGGCCGAUUGUUUGGCAGAUUUCCGGGUUAUUUUUUGAUGUAGGCGUCGACUUGGUGAAGUUGAGUUGUCAAGAGUGGCACCGUGACCGACAUUCACGCUAGGUGUCAACGGCUGCUCGGAAAGGAUUAAAUUCGACGGGCCUGAUUGGGGAAGGUUGUCGAAGCGGGGAGGUGACACAUCUGAGAAGGUGAAACGGUGCCGAGCAUGGCGGGCUACCGUGUUGGCGGACGCAGCUUUCUGAGAGCGCUGUUGCGACAUCUGCGGCAUUUUAAAUGCGUAUACGCUUGCGUCAAAACUGGUGUCUCGCUCUGUCACCCAUCCCCACCAGUCAACUUUGGUUCUGUCUCGGCCGACGGCAUUUGUUGAAAGGCCCUUGUCCAGCAGAUUAUCCGGAGAUAACAUAGCAAGGACAGGGUCGUAAUCCGCAUGGUCACGAUAUGAUAGAAAACCUAGGCCGUCGAAAAUUGUCCCGUCCUCCUUGAAUAAACCCUGAAUGCCU